AUGUUUUUUCCCAAUUCAAUUCAAAAUUCGGAAUUUGAUGAUAACUAUAAUAUUUCAACACCCUAUACAUUUAAUUAUGAUGGUGGAUCUAGUUAUCCUUCAUCUGAUAAUGGUCGUGUUAGUUUGGAAGAUUUGGAAACACAAAUUGAUAAGCAAUCCCUUAUAUGUUACAACAAUCAUUUAAAUUUGGAAAAUAAUCGAGAUAAUGAUUCUGAAUUUCUUGUGAAAAGACCAAAAAAUUGUGUUGUCUGUGCCAAACCAGCCAAAUUUUGUCAUUUUGAUGUUCCAAGUUGUUCAGGUUGUUUUUCAUUCUUUCGUCGGUCUAUACUAGAUCAACACUUGUAUGUUUGCAAAAAUCAAGGAAAUUGCAGAAUUGAAAAGGGUUCGAUAAUGUUCUUUCAGAAUGUUGAGAUAAAUUUUAAAUAA